AUGAUGGGCCUGAGUAAGAAUUAUGUCCAGCAAAGCAGUAUUGUUUCUGAUGAAUUUUCUUUGGUGUCAACUCAUCGGCUGUCUAAGUCAUAUGCAUCAUAUUUGUGUCAAUUAUCUAGUGCUGAUGGUUCCAUUGACCGUUACAAGGCAAGGUUGGUAGCGAAAGGUUAUACUCAGACUUAUGGAGUGGAUUACACGGAGACCUUUGCUCUAGUAGCAAAGCUCAAUACUGUACGCGUACUUUUGUCCUUGGCUGCUAAUCAUGAUUGGCCUCUGUUACAAUUUGAUGUCAAAAAUGCAUUCCUUCAUGGUGACCUCAAGGAAGAAAUAUACAUGGACCCUCCGCCAGGUAUCCCUGUAACCUCUAAGGAGGGUAUGUCUGGGUAUGUACAAAGUAAUUCGGAUCAUACUUUGUUUUUGAAGCGUCGGAAAGGUAAAUUGACAGCUUUAAUAAUUUAUGUUGAUGAUAUGAUUGUAACUGGAGAUGAUCAGACAGAAAUACAGAGUCUCCAGAAAUAUCUGGCGUCUGAAUUUGAGAUGAAAUCAUUAGGUGACUUGAAGUACUUUCUCGGGAUUGAAGUGGCCAGAUCUAAGCAUGGUAUUUUCUUGUCCCAAAGGAAGUAUGUUUUGGAUUUACUUGCAGAAACUGGAAUGUUGGAUUGUAAACCAAUUGAUACUCCUAGUGAACAGAAUCACAAGUUGGGGUUAUAUCCUGAUCAAGUUCCUACUAAUAAUGAGCGCUAUCAACGGCUUGUGGGGAAAUUAAUUUAUUUAGCUCAUACACGUCCUGACAUUGCGUAUGCAGUAAGUGUGGUGAGUCAGUUUAUGCACGCACCUAGUGAAGAUCAUAUGGCAGCUGUGACGCGUAUUUUGAGAUAUCUCAAAGUAACUCAUGGCAAAGGGUUAAUGUUUUCCAAGUAUGGUCAUACAGAUGUGGAAGGAUACACCGAUGCUGAUUGGGCAGGUUCGGCUACUUAUAGACGUUCUACGUCUGGGUAUUUUACGUUUGUUGGUGGUAAUCUUGUUACUUGGAGAAGCAAGAAACAAAAGGUGGUGUCUCGAUCUAGUGCUGAGGCCGAGUAUCGUGGAAUGGCCCAUGGUCAUGUGGAGGUUGAUCGAAAUUUCAUUAAAGAAAAGUUGGAUGCGGAGAUUGUUUCCUUCCCAUUCAUCAGUUCUGAGUAUCAGUUAGCAGAUGUCCUUACAAAUGCUGUUUCUACUAGUAUCGUCCACAACUCGCUUGACAAGUUGGGCAUGCGUGACGUCUUUGCUCCAACUUGA